GAUAUAUUAUUCACAGUAAAGAUCAUGGAUACCAUGAAUCCGAACUGUUGUGUAAUAUCUGAAACUUUUUCUAGUAUCUGUGGACAUGUGACAACGGUAAUUGAACAUCACCGAACUUGUGAACUUAUGCAGUUUGAUCCAUAUCAGGAUCGUGUAGGAGGACAUAACCUUAAAUUUCUACUAGAUUAUCAUCCUUGGACACAACUUCGUUUGGCUAGAGCUUUCAUCACGGAAUUCAAGUGUAUUUCUUGCGAUACUGUCGAGAAAGGAAUUUGUUUUGAAUCUUUUCGCCCACCUCCAAACACUUGGAUUUCUGACGUUUAUUAUAGAGAGAUUUCGUUCGCAUUUUCUUUACUUUUGAUAGCAAAUAGAAGAAAGUCAUGGGAAUCCUAUAUUUCUGACCAAAAUAUCCUUUUUCAAAGACAGAAACGUUUUGACGAUAUCUUUGAAACUGCACAGCAAGAUUUGAUAGCCUACAACGCAAAAUCUGGCGCCACAAGAGAUGAACAGGCACUUGAUCGUUUGGAAUCGGACAUGCAAAGAGCAGAGACGAUCAAGACCUUCUAUGAUCAUCAUCAAAAUGAGUAUUUUUUGCAAUUUAGAGGACUCAAGAAAAUGUCGAUGAGACUUCUUUUUGAUCCUGUGAAUCCAACCCAUCUCACUUUUGGUCUUCUUCGUCUUGUCAAACCCGAAGAAAUUCCCAUUGAAGAGGUCUGUGGUAUCUGUACAGAGGUUAUGGGUAGUGAGAGCGAUGCAAAUGUAAUGCGACUAUUUUGUAAUCGACAUCUAUUUCAUGAAACCUGUAUAAUUCCAUGGUUCAAUACAGCCAAUAAUAACACGGUAACAUGCCCCAUGUGCCGAAGUCCUCGAAAGAUGUACAAACCUCCUGUGAGACAAUUGAAUGCACUUAAUCACGAGUAGCAGAUGCCGAGAGAUAUCGGCUACAGGUCAAACUGCGUUCUCGUCCUUACUUCUAUUUGACA